GUCAAAGAGUUGUGUCUCUUAUCUGUCACCACCGUGGCCUUCACAAUGACCAUCUCAGCCCAAACGACGGUCGCAUAGAUGUUGUGGCCUCCUGCGCCUGCGCAGUGCGCGCGAGGCUAUAUCAGAACCUCCCAGAAGUUCAGACUACGACAGCCGUAUGCACUUCGAGCGGCCGCCAUCCUCCGACGAUACUAUGCGAGUGACGUUGUCGAUACCAGCCCCUCUGCUGCCAGCGACAAAAACAACACCCUCGCGCGCCCGUCGCACCCCAGAUACAAUGACAUCGGAGUACAGCAGUUGAGCGACUAUGUACAUCCUCAAGUCUUUCCCGCAGGUGCCACGCGACCACGAGCGGAUCUCGUCGAGUUGUCCAAAGACCAUUUGCGACGCCAUGAGUUGCUGGGAAAGAACCAAGAUAAUGCGCCGUCCAUCGGAUUGGACACUCCUCCCAUCUUCGGGACCUCGCUGGACGAGCAUUUUACCAGGUUGGGUAUGGACGCUUCGGAACCAUAUCUGUCCUACGGUAAAGCCUUUGUGAGGGCCAACACACCCGAAAGACCGCGAAGAUGGGUUAUCAGAAGUGGUUGGACAAAGUACAACUCGGACAUGACGACCGAAGAGGUGGAUGCGCCGGACGAGACCAUGUUGUCAUUCGAUGUCGAAACAAUGUGGAAGGAAACACCCUUCGCGGUCAUGGCAACGGCCGCGAGCCCGUCUGCGUGGUACGCAUGGAUAUCGCCCUAUCUUCUCGGAGAAUCAGACAACCCCCGGCAACUGAUACCUUUGGGCGACCCGACGAAACCGCGGAUUGUAGUCGGGCACAAUAUUGGCUAUGAUCGAGCAAGAGUCAAGGAAGAGUACGACCUAAAGCAGUCGAAGAAUUUCUUCAUCGACACAAUGUCGUUACAUGUCGCUGUGAACGGAAUGUGCUCGAGACAGAGGCCGACGUGGAUGAAACACAAGAAGAAUAGAGAUCUCAGGGACAAGAUGGCCGGCGAUCACAACUCCCUCGAACUACAAAGAAUGCUGGAGAACAAGAUGUUGAGCGAGGAAGAGGAGGAAUUGUGGGUGGGGAGAAGUUCCAUCAACUCUCUCCGUGAUGUCGCAAAAUUCCAUUGCGGCGUGACCAUCGACAAGAGCCAACGAGACUUUUUUGGCGAGCUCGAUCGUGACGGUAUCCGCGAAAGAAUCGACGAGCUGCUCGACUAUUGUGCCGCAGACGUGGCCAUCACCCACAGAGUCUUCCAGAAAGUGUUUCCGAAUUUUCUGGAGACAUGCCCUCAUCCAGUCAGCUUUGGUGCCUUGAGACAUCUCUCGUCUGUCAUCCUGCCCGUUGAUGAGUCGUGGGAUCAGUAUUUAAAAAGAGCCGAGGGCACAUAUCAGCAAAGGCUGAAGGAUGUCGAAGACAGGUUAAUCCAGCUGUCGGAGGCAGCACUAGCAGUCAAAGAGAAGCCAGAGGUCUACACGACAGACCCAUGGCUUAACCAGCUGGACUGGUCAGGGCAGGAGAUCAAGUAUAAAAAGACGAGGAAGAAGGGCGAGGCGCCCGUUCCUGUUGCUCGUCAGAAGAAGCCAGGUGCACCUAACUGGUACAGAGACCUCUUCACCUCCAACACUUCCCCUCUCAACUUGACUGUCCGAACUAGAAUCGCUCCGAUACUGCUCAAGCUCUCAUGGGAUGGAUAUCCUCUCAUCUGGUCCGACAAACACGGAUGGACCUUUCGAGUCCCUCACAAGGAUGUUCUCAAAUACGAGAAUAGCAACGUUGUGGCCUGCGACAUGUCCGAGGAGACCAACGAGACACUAAAGUCUGACAUGAAGAAUGCUUACUUCAAACUGCCACACAAGGACGGUCCUACAGCUCGGUGUGUCACACCUUUGGCUAAAGGAUACCUGCAGUAUUUUGAAGCAGGGACACUAUCUUCACAAUUUGGGCUAGCGAAAGAGGCUCUGGAAAUGAACGCAUCGUGUUCAUACUGGAUCUCAGCUCGGGAUAGAAUCACAUCUCAGAUGGUCGUCAGAGAGGCAGAUCGAGAUCCUUCUCUGGCUGGCAAAACGAAUCAAGGGUUCAUCCUUCCUCAGAUCAUACCGAUGGGAACUAUCACCCGUCGUGCUGUGGAAAACACCUGGCUCACGGCUUCGAACGCCAAAGCCAAUCGCGUAGGCUCUGAGCUGAAAGCUAUGAUCAAAGCUCCACCGGGAUAUUGCUUCGUCGGUGCCGACGUUGAUAGCCAAGAACUUUGGAUUGCUUCACUCGUCGGUGAUGCGCAAUUCCAAUUACACGGUGGCAACGCGAUAGGCUUCAUGACCCUCGAGGGGACCAAGGCCGCCGGCACUGAUCUGCACUCGAAGACGGCAAAGAUUCUAGGAAUCUCCCGCAACGAUGCCAAGGUCUUCAACUACGGCCGCAUUUACGGUGCAGGUCUCAGAUUCGCGGCACAAUUGCUGCGCCAAUUCAAUCCUCUCCUCUCUGAAAAGGAAACCAACGAGAUCGCCUCACGACUCUACAAGGAGACGAAAGGAACACGGACUCGUCGGAAAGCAUUCGGGGCGGGCUCGUUCUGGCGAGGCGGAACCGAGUCAUUCGUCUUCAACCGCCUCGAAGAGUUUGCGGAACAAGAACGUCCUCGCACUCCGGUCCUCGGCGCCGGCAUCACUGAAGCCUUGAUGCGCCGUUUCAUCAACCAAGGCUCGUUCAUGACGUCGCGGAUCAAUUGGGCCAUUCAAUCCUCUGGAGUUGACUACCUGCAUCUCCUGAUCAUCAGUAUGGAUCACCUCAUCCGACGCUUCAACCUCGACGCUCGCCUCGCCAUCACCGUACACGACGAGAUUCGGUACCUAGUCAAGCGUGAAGACAGAUACAAAGCCGCCUUGGCCCUUCAGAUCAGCAAUCUCUGGACGAGAGCCAUGUUCAGCCAACAGAUGGGCAUAGAAGACUUGCCCCAGUCGUGUGCGUUCUUUUCGGCCGUCGACAUCGACCACGUCCUCCGCAAGGAAGUCGACAUGGACUGCGUCACGCCCAGCCACCCCGAAAAUAUCCCACACGGCGAGAGUCUGGACGUCAAUCAACUCUUGGCGAAAGGGAGUGAAGCGUUUCUCGAUCCCGCGAUACAGCCCAAGACCGGACCCAUCGAUCUGGACAAGUACACCUAUACUCCCAGGGCGAGUGUCAUGUCGACGUUGAACGGUGUCGACGGUGUCGAUGUAGGCUAUAUCCGCGCUCAGAUCACGAGCGAUGACAAGGAAUUGAAGAGUAUCAUCAAGGAUGCCGAGAAGGCCGAUUCGGGGUUGUCGAAUGAAGGCGGAAAAGAAAACGACAACGAUAGUGCCGGCGGGGCGACAACAUCACCAACAAAACUUCCCAAAGCUCCACGUGGACGUCGUCCCAAACCAAAAGUCCCCAUCCCACCUCACGCUCAGCCCCAGAGGGCAAUGUUGAUGGAGGUAGAGGACCGGUGGAACCUGGGAUACGCCAAGACUUUCGGUGGCAGUCCUGCAAACGGAAGCGGAACAAACAAGGCGGCACCAUGGCUGGCCGAUAAGAAAUCGACGAGCCCGUUGACGUACAAGUUGUCACAGGACGGUUGGGAGGUUUGAGCCGAGUUGAUUGGGUGAGAUUCAAGUGGCCUUCUGAUUUGUUACAUGAGCACGGCUAUUCCACAAAAAAAAAUAUCUGGCGAUCGUCUAGACAACUUUGGGUGUAACGAUGUGGUCUUUCGGACAUCAGUGUUGGCCGGGCGGAAAGUACAUCAUGUACAUUAUACCAUCACGGUUUAUGAUAUGUCUUGUAAUAUCAGACAAGAAAAAAGAACAGAGGUGGCGACGCCUGUACAAUAAAUAAUCAUUUGUACCGAUUUCUGGUUACCACUUCCCGUGUCAUGAUGGAAAUAAAAGAAAAACCCAGAGAGGGUCGAAACACAUCAAUUUUAUUUUGUCUACCUCUUGAAGGCCCCGAAAACCCCCAAUUCAACUUGACAGUCUCUUCUGCAUUUUCGAUUGCAUAUUCAACAUUUCUUCUCAUCUUGAAAUCUUCAUCGGUCACGCACUACGCAUAAGCCGCCCAUCCACAAAACAACGCUGCAAGGUUUCUUUCAUCCGUCGCUUGUCGGAUCAGUUCAUUCACGGUGGCCUCCACGCUCAACGCUUUGCCCAGUUUCUUCGCGACGAUGGUCAAGGCACGGUCUGCCUCGCUAGGCUCAUUGGCUUCUCUUCGACUCGCCAAAUCAUGUGGCAACAUACCACCGCCACCACCAUCGACACCGGCGGCAACAGAGGCACCAGCGCCGGCACCUGCUGCGGUGGCUUCGGCUUGUUCGUUGUUUUCUUGCAUCCUCUGUAGUCGCAAGGGCGAGAUGGACCACGUGUGCAAGGGAUCGUACCUGAGCACAUCCAAGAUGGUCAUGAUGGAUUCUUGGUCCACACGCAACGCUUCGAGCGUGAAAUUGCAGCACCGCCGAAAAACACCCUCGACGCCGGUCAGACCCAUACCGUCGACCAGGUCUCGUGUCAAACGGAAGGGCACGACUUCUGGAAUCGGCAAGACUCGACCCGCUUCAAACGCCACGCCCAAAUCGAUGUGGACCACUUCACCCGAGUUCUCGUCGAGGAGGAUAUUGUGGCCGUGUCGAUCACCAAGCCCCAGAACAUGACCGAGGAUGCUGACCGCGGCCAUGGAGCGGCUGUAGUUCAAUCUCUUGUAGAACCAAUCGUCGGGAUCGGGGAAUCUCUCCAUGAAGAAGAAGCGCAUGACUGGAUGAAAGUUGGCCGUGACAGUUCGGUAGGUACGGAGACGUUGCUCCAGACCUUUCGUCUGAACUUCCGCAAUCUCUUUCCUGCAUUUGUUGGGCUUGUAGUCCUUCGGGAAGAAGCGUUCAUGGGCUGGUAGAAGGUAGUCAUGCAGUGGGAGAGUGUCUUUGACGAACUCAAUGAUACCCGAAUUCGUUGUCAAGGGAAUGACUUUGUAUGUUCGAAUGUCCAAAUUCCGCUGUCGAGUGGCACGGUGGUCUUUGAGAAGAUCCGAAACUUGUUGAAAGACUUGUUCCAUGAUCGCAUCUUGACGUAAAUCAUCAUUUCCGCUUUUGAGAAGCAUCUUGUAUCGCUGCCCAUCGGAAGCAGUCAUGGUGACGAUCUUGGGAUUCGACAACCCACCAGCGAUAGAAAUCAUUGGGUCGAACUUUACAAAUGUAGGCACACUCGAAUAGUCGUGAUCAGGCCGGAGAGGGAUAUUCAAGGUUGGCGGAGCGAUCCUAGUGUGAGCCUCGGAUAAGACGUUCUCAAGUUUCUGACCAGAUUGCAGUUUCCGUAGUUGAAUUUUCGAGCCCUGUCGUUUCUCCUUCUCUGAAAGGCUCUCCGAAGCAACUCGGUGGAAUUGGAUGCAAGAGUUGUGGAGCGCCACCCAGAUUGCAGCUGAGACA